CCGGGCUGCGGCCCCAGGUGCGCGCGGCUCGGGCUCCCCGACUUGGGGCGAGCGCUCCCCCGGGCCCCCCCCGCCCGCUCGCCCGCCGUGCUCCCCGCGGCUGGCAGGAGCGGGCGCUGAGCGGGAGGCGACGGCGGCGGCGGCGGGGACGACCCGGCGGGAGCCGUGGGGAGCCGAGCGGAGGGAGCCCCAGCCCCAGCCCCUGCCCAACCGCCCGCCCGCCCGCCGCGCCGGCGCCGCUCGUGAGCCCCGGGCCCGCGGAGACAUGAACGCCCGGCGGCCCGACGCACCCGAGGCGCAGCGGCCCGGCCCCGCGGCCCCGUGAUGGGCUCCUGCGUGUCGCGAGAUCUGUUCACAAGUGCCCACAAGGACUGCCCCAUGCCCCAGGGCACGGAACCCCUGAACCCGGACUUGACCUCCAGCCACCCCCCCACUGUUGCUCCAGACCAUGUCACUGGCAAGGACAAACAGAUGGAUUUCUGUUGGGAUCCUUGGCAGAGGUGCUUCCAGACCACCAACGGCUACCUGUCUGACUCCAGGUCCUGCUCCAGCAACUACAACGUGGCGGCUCUGGCCACCUCGUCCCUUGUGGGGGUGGUGCAGAGCAUCAAGGACCACAUCACAAAGCCCACGGCCAUGGCACGUGGCCGCGUGGCCCACCUCAUCGAGUGGAAGGGCUGGUGUGCUCAGCGGUCACGCUGGGAGCUGUCCCCCGCUGAGGAUGAGCAUUACUGCUGCCUGCCCGAUGCGCUGCGUGAGGCCCGAUUUGCUGCAGGGGUUGCCGAGCAGUUUGCUAUCACAGAGGCCACACUGAGCGCCUGGUCCUCGCUGGACGACGAGGAGCUGCACCUCGAGAACGGCCCUCAGGACAUGGUCCAGCUCCAGGACCUGGAGAGCGUCUACCUGCAGGACAGUCUUCUGAGUGACCCCUCACAGGAUGACAGUCUUCUGGCCUUCUCCUCCCCUGGCCUCUCUCCCGACGGCUGGCCCUCACCUGACGAGCCCCCCAUCACAGCUGUCGGCCCCCAGCCCCCCAGCCCUGAACAACAGCAUCAGCUGCAGCUGCCUCGGGGCCUGGGGCCUGAGGGUGGGGCCCAUCUGCAGGGUUCCCUCCCCUCGGUGGACAGCAUCUCCCUCCCGGAGGAGGAGGACGAGGUGUUCUAUAACUGAGGUGGGGGCUGUGUGCCUCGGAGCCUCCUCAUACUGUGACCUUGCCUGGUGGGCAGCCCAGGCAAUCAGGAUGUUGGGGUCUGGGCUGGGCAUUUCUUGACCCCUCAGGGCAGGCAGAGGGUGUGUGCAGCAGGGAUGGGGGCCAGCACUCCCUGUGGACCAUUCUGUGCCUCCAUGGACCUGCCCCAGCAGUGGGAGCCAUAAUCCCCCUUCUCCUUUCUUUACUUGGCUCAAGUGGGCACCUUCCCCUGUGGGGUUUCCGCCAUCCGUGAGCUCGAGGACUCUCAGCAGGCACCAGGCCCAGCUGCCCAGAGGAGCCGGCCGCUGGGCCCCCGGGCAGACAGCCACAGAAGGACCUGGGAGACCCCCUUGGAGUGGGGCCUGGGGACCCUGCCUUGACCCUGGGGCUCAGUACUCCCCCCUCCCUCUGUGUUUGUGCCCCCCAUCAGAGGCGGGACAGCCUCUUGGGUAGCUAAGCAUCUGCUCCUCGGCUCCCUUCACGAGGAUCUCUGUCUUUGGAGUGUCUGUCUGUCCCUUACUCUCUGAACCUGUCCCUGGUGCCCCUGCCCCCUUCCUUGCACCCUCCUCCCACCUCCCGGAAGGUUCUCUGCAGACAUUAAAGUGUGGGAUUCACCCUGGA